CACCCUGUCUGUUAGUAAACAAAAAAGGCGCGCAGAAUGUCGGACUCAGAAGAUAUCAAAAUCAAGGCGGAACACGAAACUAUAGCCGAUGGCGAUCAAUCCCAGGAUGAGGAGAUGAAGGAAAUACUCAAAAUCACGUCGCUAAAGUCGUUGGGUCCGUUUAUUGCUUCUCAGGAGAAUAGCCAGAACACGGUGUACCUCAGCGAUGUGCCGGCCGUGUGCAAGGAAAAACCCUGCAUGCUAGGCGUUGACGAGGCGGGCCGUGGUCCCGUACUGGGUCCCAUGGUCUACGGCAUCUCUUACUGCCCGGUGGAGAGCAAGCAGGCGCUGAUCGAUCUGGGCUGCGCCGACUCCAAGCAACUGACGGAGGAGAAGCGGGACAUCAUCUUCAACGAAAUAAACACCCUCGAGUAUGCCAACAGCUGCAUGGGCUGGGCCGUGGAGAUUAUCUCACCCAAUGUGAUCAGCACGAGCAUGUACCGGCGGGCCAAGUGCUCGCUGAACGAAGUCUCCAUGGAAUCGGCCAUGGGUCUGAUCCAACGCGCCAUCGAUGCGGGCGUGAACAUAGCCGAGGUCUAUGUUGACACGGUGGGGCCGCCGGAGAAGUACCAGGAGAAGCUGAUGCGUCGCUUUCCCAGCUUCAAGAUCACCGUGGCCAAGAAGGCCGAUUCCACCUACCCAAUUGUCUCUGCGGCCAGUAUCUGCGCGAAGGUAACCCGCGAUCAUGCGCUCAAAGUGUGGCGCUUUCCCGAGGGUUUGGUCAUCAAGGACAAUGCCUUUGGCAGCGGCUACCCAGGGGAUCCAGUCACGAAACGUUUUCUUACCGAAAACAUUGAUCUGGUGUUUGGUUUCCCGCGGCUCGUGCGCUUCAGCUGGUCCACAGCGGAGAAUGCGCUGGCGGACAAGGCCUACGACAUGGAGUUCGAUGAACCGGAAACGGAGAAGCCAAAGUACGCAGGCACCAAGCUGACAAAGUUCUUCAAGGGCACCACCAAAGAGGGCGAAGUAAUACGCGAGGAAUGUCGCUUCCUCAAGCAACGUCAUCUGUCCAGUGUCCACGAGUUUUAGACGUUGGAUAAAUCAAUUUUAAAUAUAGCUUUAGCUUUAAUGAAUCUUA